AAAGAAUAAUUUUCAAGAUUCGCCGUAAGUUUGUGAAGAAGGUUUCAUUAGAAAUCCUUGAAGAGCUCUUAGAUCACCUGGAAGAAGACCUUGUUUUAAAUGACAGUGAGACGAAGGACAUACUUGAGAGGAACCCAACCACAGAAGAAAAGGCCCGCGCCCUCAUCGACGCUGUGAAACCUAAAGGGAAUGAAGCCUGCCAGAAGAUGAUAGAACAUCUCCAAACCUGUGACAUUUAUCUUUCCUGUGAGCUGGGUUUGUCCUCUGAUCCAUCUGCUCAGAAAGGUCACGGGGACGCUGGAGCUUAUCCAAGUAUUUUAACAGGAGCUCUUCAGAAGUGUCAGUCUGAACUCAAAUCUGCUCUGAAGAAGAAGUUCCAGUGUGUGUUUGAGGGGAUUGCUAAAGCAGGAAACCCAACCCUCCUGAACCAGAUCUACACAGAAAACAAAAAAAGAGGUCCACAAAGUUAA